AUGACCGCCAUCACCAAUUCCUGCCAGUUCCAUGGUCGUGACGACGAGGAUGCACCCGCCCAUAUCAAUCGCAUCACUCGUCUCUGCAGCACCUUCUCCAUUGAGGGUGUCAAUCUUGAUGCUAGGUAUCUUCAGGUUUUUCCGUUCUCACUUGCUGGACGCGCAGCCGUCUGGUUCGAUUCCCAGCCUGCUGGCACUUUCACUACUUGGGCAGGCCUUCGCGAUGCAUUCUUAGCCAAAUAUUUUCCGCCAGCCAAGGCAUCUCACCUUCGUGACCAGAUCCACUCAUUUCGUAUGGAGCCAGAUGAGCCUUAUCACUUAGCUUGGGUGCGUUUUCAGACCCUGAUUACCCGUUAUUCUCAGCAUGGUCUAUCUGACUGGGCGUUAGUAGAGAAGUUCUACAAUGGACUUACUCCUGAGAUUAGGGCUCGUUUCGAUACUUCAGCAGGAGGUCAGCUUAUGGGAAAGAAGACAGUGGCGGAGUGCAAUGAUUUAUUUGAGAGUUUUGCCCACUCCGAUAUGGACUACAGCACUACCAGCAGGACUUCCAUUCCUAUGCGUACCACCUCGGCCGGUCGAGGGGUAAACCAAGUUGGCUUGGAUUCAUCGGUAGCUGCUGCAGUCGAGAGAGCGAAGGAGGAAUUGAGGCAAGAGAUGAGGCAGGAGUUGAAUGAGAUAAAGAAGAAAGUCGAUAGGUGUGAGGUUUGUCGAGGGGGACAUGAUACCAUAGAUUACCCCACGCUCACUCUUGAGCAGGUAGAGUACAUAGCCGGUCAGCCUAGGGGUCCCACGAACCCGUUCAAUAAUUCUAGUUCCAACUGGCGCGGUAGUGGCAAUUCAAGUGGUUAUCGUUCGUCUGGAAAUCCUCCUGGAUUUUCAUCUGGUCAGUAUCAGAGUAGAGGGCCCGGUAUUUACACGCAGUCUAGUUCAGGACAGUUUAGUGGGUCGGGGUCUAGUGGUCAGUUUUCGAGUGGAGGACCGCCUCAGGAGAGUCAUGGUGGUGGGAAAGCCCCUGAGGUUAGCACGAGUAGGUUAGAGGAGAUGUUUGCUCAGAUGAUGACACGGAGCGAUGCAUUCUUGAAAAAUCAGGAGCAAAUUAACAAGAAUAACGACCUUCAAUUCAAGAAUCAGCAGGCCGCCCUCCUCGAUCUUCAGAGGACAGUAGGCGGACUUGCUAAGCAGUUGCAGGAGCACCCGCCGGGUCAGUUUUCGGGAAACACUUUCACGAAUCCCGCGAACCAGUCAGCAAAGGCGAUUACGACCCGUAGUGGGAAGAGUUUGGGAGAGGUAGUGAGAGAAAGAGAGGUUGAAGAAGUAGAGGAGGAGGUCGAUGAGGAGAUCGAGAUGGAGGCUCCAGGCAAGUUGAAGAUCAAUCUUCCGUUCAUCGAGGCGCUUCAGUCUAUGCCUAAGUAUGCGAAAUUCCUUAAAGAUCUUUUGAAGCGUAAGGAGAGAAUCGGUGAGCUUUCGAAUAUUCCAUUGACAGGGGGUUGUUCCGCGGUAGUCUUGAAUAAGCUACCAGAGAAGUUGACCGACCCUGGCACAUUCACGAUUCCAUGUUUCUUUGGGGGAGCCGUUACCCCUUCUCACGCCUUAGCCGAUUUAGGGGCCAGCAUCAAUUUGAUGCCAUUCUCGUUGUAUGAGCGUCUUGAUCUAGGAGAGCUUACACCCACGCGCAUGUCAUUGUCCUUGGCUGACCGAUCAGUCAAGUAUCCUCGUGGGAUAGUAGAGAAUUUGUUGGUGAAGGUCGAUAGGUUUGUGUUCCCAGUAGACUUCGUUGUGCUCGAUAUGGAGGCUGAUGAGAGAGUUCCGAUUAUUUUAGGCCGUCCAUUCCUUCGAACCGCAAAGGCGAUCAUCGACGUCUUUGACGGUAAGAUUUCUCUUCGUGCGGGUGACGAGGUUGUCACAUUCGAGAUCGAUAGGGCGAUGCAGCAUCCUAGCUGUGGAGAUGAUGUUAGUGGACCGUGUCAUUCCGUCUAUUUUCUCAAUUCAUUCAUAUCUUGUGUCGACACGUGCUUCGAGUACAUUAGUGGAGCCGAUCUGGUAGGUGAGGGAGUGGUUGACGAGCAUUCUGAGGAUGAGGUAGAGGAGGUAGAGGAGGAGCGUUUAGAUGAGAGCGAUGAGGUUAGUGCUGAGACAUUAGAGCUCGAUGCGAUUAGUGAUGAGAGUACUCCUGUAGAGAUUCCACCGCCUUUAGAACUUAAGGUUCUUCCAUCCCAUCUCGAGUACGCGUUUCUAGGAGAGAAGCCGAGUAUGCCUGUCAUCAUUUCUUCGAAGUUGACAGAGGAGGAGAAGGCGAGGUUGAUUGAGGUGCUUAGAGAGCACAGUGAUGCAAUUGCAUGGAGGUUAUCCGAUAUCAAGGGCAUCAGCCCUACCUUUUGCACGCAUCGCAUUCUGAUGGAGGACGUUUUCAAGCCUGUAGUGCAGCCGCAGCGUCGGUUGAAUCCGAAUAUGCAGGAGGUAGUGAAGAAGGAGGUGAUGAAGUUGCUGGAGUCGGGGUUGAUCUAUCCUAUUUCUGAUUUAGCUUGGGAUAUGGUCGAGAGUUCGAUAGAGGUGUUUAUGGACGACUUCUCAGUGUAUGGUAGUUCUUUCGAUCAGUGUUUGACGAAUCUUGAGAGGAUGUUGAAGAGAUGUGUGGAGACGAAGUUGAUGCUGAACUGGGAGAAGUGUCACUUCAUGGUGACUGAGGGGAUUGUGCUAGGGCACAAGAUUUCGCGAGAAGGUAUUGAGGUUGAUAGAGCGAAGAUAGAUACGAUUAGCCAGCUUCCUCCGCCGACUAGUGUCAAGUCGGUUCGUAGUUUUCUCGGUCAUGCGGGAUUUUAUAGGCGCUUCAUUAGGGAUUUUUCCAAAAUCACUCGCCCCAUGACGCGAUUGCUGGAGAAGGACGUUCCUUUCGUCUUUGACGAGGAGUGCCUUCGAGCGUUUGAGUUUCUGAAGGAGAGGUUAGUGAGUGCACCGAUCCUCGUAUCGCCUGAUUGGAGCUUACCAUUCGAGCUGAUGUGCGAUGCGAGUGACUACGCAGUUGGUGCGGUGUUAGGGCAGAGACGGGAGAAGCAUUUUCACCCGAUUUACUACGCGAGUAAAACGCUGAAUGAUGCCCAGGAAAAUUACACCACUACGGAGAAGGAGUUGUUGGCGGUGGUGUUCGCGUUCGAUAAAUUCCGAUCAUAUCUCGUUCUUUCGAAAACCGUCGUGUUCACUGAUCAUUCUGCUCUGCGUCACUUGUUUCAGAAGAAGGACGCGAAGCCGCGUCUUAUACGAUGGAUUCUGCUUCUUUCCGAGUUCGACAUUGAAAUUAAGGAUAAGAAGGGGGCAGAAAAUGUGGCGGCGGACCACUUGUCUCGCCUAGAGGGUCCGAAGCAUGAGGAGAUUCGUGAGGAGGCGAUAGGAGACAGAUUCCCUCACGAGUCUAUUGAUGCUGUCACGGCAGGAGCCGUGGACCUCCCGUGGUUUAGCGACAAAGCCAAUUAUUUGGCCGACGGGUUUGUGAUGGAGAGUUUGAGUUUGCAGGAGAAGCGCAAGCUGACGAGAGACGCUAGCAAGUACAUUUGGGACGAUCCCUAUCUCUUCAGGAUAGGCGGUGAUCGAGUCUUGAGGAGGUGUGUUAGUAGAGAAGAAGGUGCGGGGAUCCUGAGGCACGUGCACGAGGGAUUGACUGGAGGACACCAUGGCGCGCAUGUGACCGCACAGAAGGUGUUUGAUUGUGGUUUCUAUUGGCCGACGGUGGUAGAUGAUGCGGCCGAGUUUGUGAGGAAGUGUGACCGGUGCCAGCGGACCGGCAACAUCUCAUCCAAGGAUGAGAUGCCCCAGAAUCCCAUUCAGGUGUUGGAAGUUUUUGACGUCUGGGGCAUCGAUUUCAUGGGACCAUUUCCAUCUUCGAGUGGAAAUCGGUACAUCCUCGUUGCGAUUGACUACGUUUCGAAGUGGGUGGAAGCUCAAGCUUCGCCUUCGAAUGAUGCACGAGUGGUGGUGAGGUUCUUGAAAAAGUUGUUUACGCGAUUUGGUACGCCUAGAGCCAUUAUUAGUGAUCGCGGCACGCAUUUUUGCAAUGCGGUGAUGGAAAAGGCGUUGGAGAGAUAUGGAGUUACGCACCGCUUGUCCACCGCGUAUCAUCCACAAACGAGCGGUCAAGUGGAGAACGCGAAUCGAGGAGUGAAGCGGAUUUUGGAGAAGACGGUAGGGAAGAGUAGGCAAGAUUGGUCCGACAAGUUGGACGAUGCGUUGUGGGCUUUCCGAACCGCCUACAAGACGCCAUUAGGUACGACACCGUUUAUGAUCGUCUACGGGAAAGCGUGCCACUUACCGGUCGAGUUAGAGCAUCGGGCUCUUUGGGCGCUCAAAACGGUGAAUUUAGAUUUGACCGAGGCCGCUAGGAGACGAUUUUUCCAAAUCCAUGAGUUAGAGGCGCUUCGGGACGCCGCGUAUGAUCGUUCUUGGAGUAUCAAGGAGAAGUCGAAAGCGUUGCAUGAUAGGAAGUUGCGAAAGUUGAAGGAGUUUAAAGUGGGCGAUCAAGUGCUAUUGUUCAACUCGAGGUUGAAGUUGAUUGCCGGAAAGUUGAAGUCGAGAUGGUCCAGGCCGUAUGUCGUGAAGGAGGUUUUCCCGUAUGGCACCGUCGAGUUGUUUGAUGAAGUGAGUUCGCAUGUGUGGAAGGUAAACGGGCAUAGGUUGAAACACUACAUAGGAGGUCCCAUCGAUACCGCCGAAGAGGAAACCGUUCCUCUUUCGGACCUGCCUAACACCGCCACGAUGUCGGGUGCAGGAUCCUCUUCGGGUGUAAAGCGCAAGAGGCGCAACACUCGUGCUCAGGCGGCUGCACAGGAGCAGCCGGAUGCUCCGGUACUUCGAAAGAUCACAUACAGGGAUGCUGGGACCCCACACGGGCAGAGUGAGAGGCUGGUUUAG